AUGAAGGCCACCCCGUUGCUCAUCUCAUGGCACAAUGACAAUGCCCCUAUCUACUCGGUGCAUUUCGAUCCCAAUGGCAAGGGCCGGUUAGCUACGGCUGGAAAUGACAAUAACGUCCGACUCUGGAAAGUCGAGUCUACCGGGGAGGAAAGAAAAGUCUCUUAUCUGAGUACUCUGAUGAAGCAUACACAAGCCGUCAAUGUGGUCCGCUUCAGCCCGAAAGGUGAGAUGCUGGCAUCUGCCGGAGACGAUGGAAAUGUCCUACUCUGGGUACCAUCGGAGAUACAAACGCAAGCUCUGGGUGAAGAUCAUUCGGACGAUAAAGAGACUUGGCGAGUGAAGCACAUGUGUCGCUCGUCCGGCGCUGAGAUCUACGACCUGGCCUGGUCUCCUGAUGGUGUCUUUAUCAUUACUGGCAGCAUGGACAACAUCGCACGGAUUUACAAUGCCCAGACUGGGCAAAUGGUACGGCAGAUUGCCGAGCAUUCUCACUAUGUUCAGGGUGUAGCAUGGGAUCCGCUUAACGAGUUUGUCGCGACUCAGUCGUCCGACCGAUCCGUUCAUAUUUAUACAUUGAAGACUAAGGAUGGACAAUUCACAUUGACACCGCAUGGGAAAGUGCUCAAGAUGGAUCUCCCUGCCAAACGUAUCGCAUCUAGCAGUCCUGCGCCUCCAGACGUGACGAGCCGGUCUCAACCAAGCACUGCAAAUUCCAUUGCUAUUGCCUCGCCUGCUCCCUCGACUCCGGGGACACCAAUGGCUUCCAAUCUACCCAUGGAUCCUCCUCCAGUCUCACACAGCCGGCGUUCUUCGUUCGGCUCGUCUCCUUCGAUCCGGCGAUCCGCGUCUCCUGCUCCAUCUCUCCCGUUGCCCGCUGUUAAGCCGUUGGAAGUCUCAUCCCCAAGUCUUGGUGGCCUGGGGGUCAAGAACGCCAGUAUCUAUGCCAACGAGACGUUUACUUCUUUCUUCAGGCGACUGACCUUUGCUCCUGACGGAAGCCUGCUGUUUACACCAGCUGGUCAAUUCAAAACCAGUCACGUAUCAGCUACGGAUUCUACAAAGACGACAGACGAGGUCAUCAACACAGUUUACGUCUACACACGGGCUGGUUUCAACAAGCCCCCGAUCUCUCACCUUCCAGGACACAAGAAGCCAUCUGUAGCCGUCAAAUGCUCCCCGGUCUUUUACACGUUGAAGCAGGGCACCCAGCCUGCGAAAAACAUCACCCUUGAUACAUCUUCAGGCGAGGAGAUGUUCUCGUCCCUCCCAGAGCCCGUGGUAUCGGGAAAUCCACCCUUCACCAGCCAACCCCACAUAGUCCCUCCAUCCUCAACGACGGCGGAUUCAUCAAAGCUUCAGCCAUCCCCAAAGGCUGCCGAGCACGGCGGCAAUGAAGCAAACCACAGCUCGGCGCCCGUCUUUGCACUUCCUUAUCGCAUUGUAUAUGCUGUUGCCACUCAAGAUGCUGUCUUGGUAUAUGACACACAACAACAAACCCCGCUAUGUAUCGUCAGCAAUUUGCAUUUUGCUACUUUUACUGACUUGACCUGGUCGGCCGAUGGAUUAACAUUGAUCAUGAGUUCCUCUGAUGGGUUCUGCUCUUCACUCUCGUUCGCCCCUGGGGAGCUGGGCCAAACGUACACAGGACCAACUUCUGUGACUCAUAAUGUUUCAAACCCAACCACCCCUGCGACAAAUCUCACACCUCUGCUGACACCAACGCAUUCGGCGUCUUCACAUGUGCCAUCUCCAAUCAAGACGAGCCAUGCCCCUCCAAAUAGCACAGGACCCAUACCGCCAGCCAGUCCCGCACGGUCCAACUCGGCCUGCUCAGUCGCGACACAGCUUUCCACGCAGCCAGCCCCUGCGGGAGUCGUGAAUAAUCCUACUCCCACUCUCGGGACUGUUCCGUCCGUGACGGCAACAAACUCUGCGCAGCCACCGACUCUUCCAAUGACAACUCCGCCACAAACGCCUAUCUCAGGCGCUCCACAAAAUGGGACCACUACGACUGGUAGUAGCGUUCUGGGAAAGCGUGCAAGCGAGUCUGAAAGAGAAGGUAGCAAGGAAGAACCAAAUAAUGCGUUGCAGCAGCCGCCGAAGAGGCGCCGUGUGGCACCCACCCUUAUCUCAGCAGCGACUGAUGGAGCCUCAUCCUCAAAGGAGGACAAGCCCUAG